UUUCUGCGAACUCACUUCGCCACUUGCUGCGAUUUCAACUCUUCGGGGAGAGUUUCGCUCCUCACUCGCCUUUUCUUCUCAUCGGGUGCUUUCUCUUCACCCGUUUGGGGAGCUGUGCUCAAGUGCCAGCUGAUGGCUUUUGUAAUGCUCGUCCUUGCUCAGAUCACUUUAACAUCCCAGCUAGAUGAAGCAAAGGAGAUAGAGCCCUUCAGUUUGAUUGCUUGGAAUGGAAGGGGAGCAGCCAACAGGGACCGUGCCAGGCAAGAGCACCAAAACCUCCACUGCAGCCCAUGGGAAGGGCAGGGAGCCCUUGGAGGAGUCCUCCAUGGACAUGGAAGUGGAGAGCGAAGGCACCAGGAGGCCUGACAAAGACCCUCCCCAAGCAGCCUCAGAUGAGGUGGUGGAUAAUCGAAGUUUAGAAGAGAUUUUGGGUAGCAUCCCUCCUCCCCCACCUCCAGCGAUGACCAGUGAACCUGGUGCUCCUCGGCUCAUGAUCACUCACAUUGUAAACGAGAACUUCAAAUCCUAUGCAGGAGAGCAAACUCUGGGACCUUUUCACAAGCGUUUUUCAUGUAUUAUCGGGCCAAAUGGCAGUGGCAAAUCCAAUAUCAUUGAUUCCCUGCUUUUUGUGUUUGGCUAUCGAGCCCAAAAAAUCCGGUCCAAAAAACUCUCAGUGCUGAUCCAUAAUUCUGACGAGCACAAGGACAUCCAGAGCUGUUCUGUGGAAGUUCACUUCCAAAAAAUCACUGACAAGGAAGGAGAUGAUUACGAAGUCAUUCCUGACAGCAAAUUCUGUGUGUCUAGAACUGCCUAUAGAGACAAUUCUUCCACCUACUACAUCAAUGGCAAGAAAAAGACAUUCAGAGAUGUUGGGAUGCUCCUCCGAAGCCAUGGGAUUGAUCUGGAUCAUAACAGGUUCUUAAUUUUACAGGGGGAGGUGGAGCAGAUUGCCAUGAUGAAGCCCAAGGGGCAGACGGAGCACGACGAGGGAAUGCUGGAAUAUCUGGAGGAUUUGAUCGGCUCGGCGCGGCUCAAGGAGCCCAUCCAGACCCUGUGCCGCAGAGUGGAGCUGCUCAACGAGCGCCGCGGGGAGAAGUUAAAUCGAGUUAAAAUGGUGGAGAAAGAAAAAGAUGCCUUGGAAGAGGACAAGAAUAAAGCCAUUGAGUUCCUUUGCUUGGAAAACCAAAUAUUUAAGGAAAAGAAUCAGAUGUGUCAGUAUUACAUCCAUGACCUAAAGAAACGAAUAAAUGACCUGGAAAUGCAGAAGGAGAAAAUUAAUGAAGAAACUAAAAGUAUUAAUGAGAAAAGCAGUAAACUUGCAGAGGAAACAAAAACCAAGAAUAAAACUUUGAAAGAACUUGAGAAGAAAUUCAAUAAAAUCACAAAGUUCAUAGAGGAAAAUAAAGAAAAAUUCACUCAGUUGGAUUUGCAGGAUGUGAAAGUGAGGGAGAAUCUCAAACAUGCCAAGAGCAAGGCUAAAAAACUGGAGAAGCAGCUUCAAAAGGACAAGGAAAAGGUGGAGGAGCUGAAGAACGUCCCCGCCACGAGCGCCAAAGCCAUCGAGGACGCCACGGCCAAGAGGGAGCUGCUGGCAAAGGACAAGGACAAAGAGGAGGCCAAGCUCAGGCAGGUCCUGGCCAGCCUGCAGGAGGAGACCAAGGGAAUUCAGAAGGAAAAAGAGGGCAAGGAGAAGGAGCUGAUGGAGUUCAGCAAGGAGGUGACCGAGGCCCGCUCCAGCAUGGAGCUCGCGCAGUCGGAGCUGGAGCUGUACCUGAGCAGGUACAACUCGGCUGUGGCUCGCCUCAGCCAGGCUCAGGAGGCCCUGCAGAGCACCUCCAACACCCUGAAGGAAAGGAAAGCUGCCAUCAGAGACAUCGCUGGGAAACUGCCCCAGGCUGAGCAGCAGCUCAAGGAGAAAGAGGAUGCUCUGGAGAAGCUGGGAAGGGAAGAAUCCGGGGCCAAGGAUCUCCUGCGAAACCUGCGCCGAAAAGUAGAAGAAGCCAAAAGCUCUUUAGCACAAAGUCGCAGCCGAGGAAAAGUGCUCGAGGCUCUGCUCCAGCAGAAGAAAUGUGGGAAUAUUCCUGGGCUCUAUGGAAGGCUGGGAGACCUGGGAGCCAUCGAUGACAAGUACGACGUGGCCAUUUCCUCGUCGUGUGGAGCCUUGGAUCACAUUGUUGUGGACACCAUUGACACCGCCCAGGCCUGUGUGAACUUCCUGAAGGCCGGAGGGAUUGGAGUUGCCACCUUUAUAGCCCUGGACAAGAUGGCUGUGUGGGAAAAGGAAAUGAAGAAAAUCCCAACUCCUGAGAACGCCCCGCGUCUCUUUGACCUGGUGAAGGUGGAGGACCCAAAGGUUCGCCUGGCGUUCUACUUCGCUCUCAGGAACACUCUGGUGGCCAAAAACCUGGAGGAAGCCACCAGAAUAGCAUUCCAAAAGGAGAAAAGGUGGAGGGUGGUAACCCUGCAGGGACAAAUCAUCGAGGUGUCAGGAACCAUGACUGGUGGGGGAGGAAAAGUCAUGAAGGGCAGAAUGGGCUCCUCAGUUGUGAUGGAUAUCUCAGAAGAAGAGAUCAGCAAAAUGGAAUCCCAGCUGCAGAAGGAUUCCAAAAGAGCCACGCAGCGUGAGGAGGAGAAAUCCCAGCUUGAGGAAGCCAUAAGGAAACUGCAGCAGGACAUUCGGGAAAUGAGGAACACCUCGGAGAAGUACACAGCGAGCAUCCAGGGUUUUUCUGAACAAGAAAUCGAUCUCAAAAAUCAAACCAAGGAACUUGAAGCCAACGUCGCUGCUGCUGCCCCCGACAAAACCAAACAGAAGGAGUUGGAAAAAGUCCUUGAGGGUUAUAAAAAAGAUUACGAGCGCGUGGCUGAGAAGGCCAGGAAGAUGGAGGAGGAGGUGAAACGACUGCACCAGCUCAUCAUGGACACCAACAACCGGAAACUGAAGGCUCAGCAGGACAAAAUUGAUAAAAUUGACAAGGAAAUGGAUGAAUGUUCCUCAGCCAUCACCAAGGCCCAGGUGGCAGCCAGGACUGCAGACAGGAACCUGAAGAAAUCCGAGGAGGCUCUGCAGCGCACAGAGAAGGAGAUGGAAGACAAUGAGAAGGAAAUGAAGAACUUGGCAGCAGAGCUGACAACGCUGGAGGACAAAGCCACCGAGGUGAUGAACGAGUGCAGGAACGCUGAGGAAGCUUUGCCAGCAGUGCAGGAGGAGCAGAAGAAUUUACUGGAGGAGAUGAAAACGAUUCGGGAUGCUGAACAUGCUCUUCAAAGUGAAGCUCUGAGCAUCAAGCUGAAAAUUGAACAAAUCGACAGCCACAUUUCCACCCACCAGGGAAAGGUUAAAUUCUGGCAAAAAGAGAUCUCCAAGUUAUCCCUGCACCCCAUCGAGGGCCAGGCCCCCGAGGAGCUGCGGGUGCUGAGCGAGGAGGAGCUGGAGGCGCUGCAGGAGCCCGACGCAAUCAGCAAGAAAAUCGCUCUGCUGGAGGCACAGCGGCAGCAGCUCCGGCCCAACCUGGGCGCCAUCGCCGAGUACAGGAACAAGGAAGAGCUGUACCUGAAGCACGUGGAAGAACUGGACAACAUCACCAGCGAGAGGGACAAAUUCAGAGAGGCCUUUGAAGAGCUCAGGAAACAGAGGCUGAAUGAAUUCAUGGCAGGAUUUAAUGUCAUCACCAACAAGCUGAAGGAGAAUUACCAGAUGCUCACGCUGGGAGGGGAUGCUGAGCUGGAGCUUGUGGACAGUCUGGAUCCCUUCUCAGAGGGAAUCAUGUUCAGUGUCCGGCCUCCCAAGAAAAGCUGGAAGAAAAUCUUCAACCUGUCAGGAGGAGAGAAGACCCUGAGCUCCCUGGCCCUGGUGUUUGCCCUUCACCACUACAAACCCACCCCGCUGUAUUUCAUGGACGAGAUCGACGCCGCCCUCGACUUCAAGAACGUCUCCAUCGUAGCAUUUUACAUCUAUGAACAAACCAGAAACGCCCAGUUCAUCAUCAUCUCCCUGCGGAACAACAUGUUUGAGAUUGCAGACAGAUUAAUUGGGAUUUAUAAAACCCAAAACACCACCAAAAGUGUGGCCACCAACCCCAAAAUCCUGGCUGUGAAAGGACUGGAGGAACUUGGUCUCCCUGAGUGCAGCGCAGCCCAAGAAUAGGGAGGAAGCAACUUCCAGCCCAUGGCUGCUGUUUAUUUUUGUCUGAUCUCAUUUUGUAUUGUAGACUUCGUGUUGUUUUAUAAAUUUUGUAAAAAAAUUUAUAUUCUUAAUAUAAACCCAGGCUCAAUAAAUUCCACUUUUUGAAUAUCAUGUAAAAAUUGAGGAAAGGGAGGUGAAAACAGAGAGUUCAUCGGAUUUACCAGGGGGCAGGGGCAGCACCAAGGACCCAGACAGCAAUUUAAGGGAUUUUUACUAUGAUGUAAAACUGCCAAGAGUGACAGGAGAAGCUCAGCAAUGCACCUGAUCUUUGGCAGAGAAUUCCAGGAGGAUGUGAAGGACCGAAUUCCCAAGUUGUGGAUCGAGACAAAACUCUCCUCACCUUAAUUGGAUCAAAACUUCAGUUCAGGGGAAAUCCAUGCAAAACAGGAAAGGAAGGAUAGAGAAGCAGAACAAGUGUAGAGCUUUAACAAUCCAGCUUUUAAGUAGAAAUUGAGAAUAAUCCUGGAUUGCUGCACUAGGAUUUCAAUCUAAUUGGAGCAGGAAGAAUUGUCCUGCAUGACUCCAGAGCUCGGGCAGAAGUGAGGCACAGCUCUCACACUCUGUCCUGCAGGUAGAGGCAGGAAUCCUGAUAAAUCUGCAGCAGGAAUUCCCAGAGACACACAAGAGGAGCCAGGAUGGUGCCAGGUGAGAUUUCCUUGUGCCAUAACCACACAAGUGAGAUCAGGAUCAGCAGAAGAAUGAAAAGUUUUGUUUCAGUAAGAGCAGCCCAGGGUGCAGACGGUGCCGUUUGAUUUCCGGAGCGUUGGUUUUUGUGAGCCAGGUGGAGUUUUGGGGUGGGGAUCUCGUGGAGUUGCCUGAUUCGGUUUUACCCCACGUGUCCUGCAGCACAUUCUCCAUCCUCAGAUGGGUCUCCACAGGCUCAGGCUCUGGGAGUUGCUUCAUUCUGAGAGCGUGGAGCUGCAGCUGCAGCCUGUCCAGCUUCUCCAGGAAAAGCAGCAGGGACUCCUCCUUCUGAACAGCUGAGUGCAGCUCCUUUAACUCUUCUAACGUCACUUCUUCCACCUCCUCCAUGAGGAAAUGGUGGAAUCUCAUAUUUCUCUGAGAUGCAGCUGCCCAGUUCAUCCAGCACACUCAGCAGAGCUGCUUUUCUGUGCCCCAAGGCAUCACCAGCAGGUUCCUUAAACCAGCACAGCACAGCUUCCCUGGCGCUCUGCAGGGCGCUCUGGCACCGUGUGUCUGCUGCUGCAGCCUCUGGGAGUACACAAACACCUUGGAGUGAUCCAUCAGCUCCUGCAGGAGCUGUUCCUCAGCCUCCCUGGCUCUCCUGGGGGAGCUCUGUGUGGAGUUCCUCGAUGCUGAGGCUCCCCAGCCACAGGUCCUGCAGCAGGAAAUGUGAGCCCUGCACGUCC